AAAUGUGCCACCAACACCGUUGCAGUUGCAACACUACACCACAUCUGCCCGGCACGACCCGCCUGACAGGGCCCGGAAGGCGUGUCGCACCAGUCAGCUACUUCGACGACCGUACUCCAUACUUGGGUACAUUACACUGGCGAGCCAAGAGCCUGAAGCCAUCGAAUUCUCGACUCGCAUUCAAUUGCUAAAGUAUGGAGUGCAUCCCCUACGAUCAAUCAGAAUGCAUCCAGACGAGCCCCGGAAAAAUGGAAUGAUGCUAGUGUGAGCCUGCGAUGAACUGGCGAUGUUUUGCCAGGCCUCUAUGUGCCGUGGUCGGCCGAUGCAAUGUUAAAAAAACCCAACAUUAUCUGGAGAGCAUCCCCGCAUCAUGUGUUGUGUUGUGAUUUUUUCCACACCUGCACCUCUCAUCAGAGUUCGCCAAAAAUCCCGAUAUAGACAGACGUUUGGCAACCGAAAUCGAAUCUUCACAUCGCACACUCUUUUUGCAUCAUGAGUGACUCGGUUCCACCACAUAGCGCAGCUGCGCCCGAAGUGAGUAGUGGUACCUACAUUAGUUACACCGCAUCGAGGCGCUGAUUCAUCCCUUGCAGGUGGUUGACGAUAUUAACGAUGAUGGGGAUUCGGCAUUUGGAGUACCUAGGAUUGCCUUCCGUUUGACAACAUGAGAACUAACGAGCUCUCGCCAGGAAGACGAUCAAGGAAAUUGGGGUUCUACCACUAAUUCAAUAGGUUCAAGUAUUCUCAGGUAUCGACAAGAAAAUGGUCGAACAUACCAUGCUUACAAGGACGGGAGUAGGAUCACGACCCCUUUCCCUCUUCUUGCUCUUGCCUAACAUGAUUCCAGAAUACCUUUUACCAAACGACGAGGUCAGAGUUGAGCCCAUAACCUUUUCUUACAAAAAAGGAAAUGAUAUUUUUAGACAAGCGAGUGGAGCUAAUAACUUGCAGGGUGAAAAUGACCGUCUAGGUAUGUUUGUCCCACGUGAAGAAAUGGAAUCCCGUUCUAAUCUUAUCAAAGAUCUACAGCAUCAUAUGUACUACCUAACCUUGAAAGGAAAAUUAUAUAUCGCUCCAAUACCCGAAGAUCAGAAACUACAUCGGGUCCUAGAUUUAGGAACCGGAACGGGUAUUUGGGCAAUUGAUUUCGGUCAGAUUUCACUUACAGUACCAUUCUAACUCGACUUCAAAACUAACUUUUCCCUAGCCGACGAACACCCAGAAUCAGAUGUAUAUUUCAUUGACUGGCGACCGCUUCAGAAAUGUCUAUAGAAUGAAAUUAACACUUUCAAGGUCUUGGGUGUUGAUUUAAGUCCCAUACAACCAGGCUUGUACGCUCAAUCCAUCUUGAUCUAUCCUGCCCUUUCAACCACUCCAGUUUUGCAAUGAUUUACAUCCGCCUACAUGUUUACAGAAUGCUGUAGAGUAUCUUGUUUACUAACCAACUCAAUAGCGUUCCACCAAAUUGCCAUUUCGAAAUCGACGACAUUGAAGAACCAUGGACUUACUCAUACAAAUUUGAUUUUAUAAAUAUGCGCAUGAUGGUCGGCACCAUAGUCGACUGGCCAAAAUGUUUCAAGCAAUGUUACGAGUUCGUCCUCCCCUCUUUCCCUUCUUGUCACUUUCUCAUAACCCUUCCCUCUCUUCAUCCCUCUCUUCCUCUACCCCACAAACCCCAAUAACCAAGCAUCAACCCACAAACAAACGCACCAACCUAACCCUCCCCCUCAGUAACCUCAACCCCGGCGGCUGGAUGGAAAUCAAAGACAUCAAAUUCCCCAUCGAAGACAACGACUCAUCCUUCCCACCCGACUGCGCGGUAAAAAAGUGGGCGGAUCUCAUCCUCGAAGGCACCACGGUCGUCGGACGGGCUUGCGAUUCAGCAAAGAACUAUAAGAGACAACUAGAGGAUGCCGGGUUCAUGAACGUGGUCGAGAUCCGGUAUAAAUGGCCGAUGAACCGAUGGCCGAAGGAUAAGGAGUUGAAGGAGUUAGGUACGUUAAGUAUCUAUUUUUUUUCUUUCCCUUUUCUCUACCCCUCCCCUCCCCCUCUUCACAUAUAGCUCCACAUGAGAAACUUCCCUGUGUACAUGCUGCCUCUAUCGCUACCCUUGAAUCCACGAUACGCACAUCCCGCGUCCCAACAAUUAAACACGAUCCCCCAUCUCUCUUCCCUCCCACCAUCUAACACACCCCCAGGCGCCUGGAUGCACGAAAACUUCAGCACCGGCCUCUCAGGCCUAAGCAUGGCGGUCUUCACCCGCGCACUGGGCUGGUCGCAGGAGGAACUCGAGGUCUUCUUGAUUAGUGUGCGCAAGGAUAUGAGGAAUACUAAGAUCCAUGGGUAUUAUCCUAUGUAUGUACUGUUUCUCUUUCUCUUCUUCUUUCGAUCUCCUUCGAUUCCCUUUGGCCCUUGUUUCUCCUACCUUCAUACAUACCUGCCAUCCAUACAUCCCCUUUUCAAGCCUUCCUACCUUUCGUUUCGCUGCAGGUAUGUUGCGAGAGUGGAGAAGUAAAAACAAGCGAAAAAGAGAAAGGAAAAGAAAGGAGGAAACUACCUCUUAAAUAAAUAGAAAAGGAGCUAAUCCAUCCGGUAUAGAUACGCAGUCUACGGCCAGAAAUCAUUCUAGACCUAUGCUAUCCUAUACAUAUACUCCAACUCUCUAUAUCUAAAACCUUGAAAUUCUUAAUUAGAAAUCUUACAUUAACUCC